GCCGACGUCCAGUGGGUGGGCUCUCUCUGACAGGAGGAAGAAGCCUUGUGACUGGCAGCGGGAUCCAACCUUCAAAAGCCGGCUGUUCGUUUUCUACUUCUUUUACAAACACUGGGAUCUAUGGCUCACAAAGGGAUGAAUCUGUGCAAUGUAUGCUGCCUGCUCCUGUACAUGAUCUCGGCGGUGCUUGCGGGGCGAGAUUUUUAUAAGAUCUUGGGGGUGACCAAGAGUGCAUCAAUCAGGGACAUCAAGAAGGCCUACAGAAAGCUGGCUCUCCAGUUACACCCCGACAGAAACCCGGACGACCCCAAAGCUCAAGACAAAUUCGCAGACUUGGGGGCAGCUUAUGAGGUUCUCUCAGAUGAGGAGAAAAGGAAACAGUACGACGCUUACGGGGAAGAUGGACUCAAAGAGGGUCACCAUGGCUCACACAACGAUAUCUUCUCCAGCUUCUUUGGUGACUUUGGGUUCAUGUUUGGAGGCAACCGGCAGCAACAGGACAGGAACAUCCCCAGAGGAAAUGACAUUGUACUAGACCUGGAGGUCACACUUGAAGAGGUGUACUCUGGGAACUUUGUUGAGGUUGUACGUAACAAACCUGUAGCCAAAGAAGCCCCCGGUAAGAGGAAGUGUAACUGCAGGCAGGAGAUGAGGACAACGCAGCUCGGACCUGGCCGCUUCCAGAUGACUCAGGAGAUGGUGUGUGAUGAGUGUCCUAAUGUAAAGCUGGUAAAUGAAGAGAGGACCUUGGAGGUUGAAAUCGAACAGGGAGUGAGAGAUGAAAUGGAGUACCCUUUCAUUGGAGAAGGGGAACCUCACAUCGAUGGAGAACCUGGAGAUCUACGUUUCCGCAUCAAAGUGUUGAAACAUCCUGUGUUUGAACGCAGAGGAGAUGACCUGUACACCAACGUCACAAUAUCCCUGGUGGAGGCACUGGUCGGCUUUGAGAUGGACAUUGUACAUCUGGACGGACACAAGGUCCAUAUAGUGAGAGAUAAGGUCACUAAGCCCAGUGCUCGAAUGUGGAAGAAAGGAGAGGGUCUGCCAAACUUUGACAACAUCAACAUCCGAGGUUCCCUCAUCAUCACCUUCGAUGUGGAGUUUCCUCAGACACAGCUCGACGACCAGCAGAAAGAUGGUAUUCUGAGUCUCCUGAAGCAGGGCUCUGUGCAGAAGGUUUACAAUGGGCUACAAGGAUACUAACACACUGAUGGACACAGCCUGGACUGAGUUAUCUGCCACACACACACACGCACGCACACACACAUCUUCAAUCAACGGGAGGGUGCUCUGUAAUUCUGGCCAGGGUGUAUUUAUUAUUUUCAGACUGUUCUCAGGAUGGCUUGAAUCCAAUUAGUUUUUAUUGUUCUACGUUUUGACAGCAGAUGUUUGAUUUGAAGUGUAUAAAACGGAAAGGAUGCCAUGUCUUUUGUUGUAUGUUUUUUGUCCCUGCAUUAUGUUGUAAUAAGCCUUUGGUUAUUUUAAAAUUCACCUAUUUCUACUCAGUGUCUGUCUACUAAUGUGUGGACCACUGUACCUCUCUGGAGACACUCAUUCACUACAUCUGCUGAUGGUGCAGUAGCUCAUCUACUGACAAACUGGACAUCUGAAGAAGAAAAUCCCCUACCAACUUUUGAUCAACUCUCAGCCUGUGAGACCACCUGCUAUUUUUAUUAGUUUUCUGAAUGUAACAGCUCCAACCUGUUGACUGAUGAAACUGGUUUUUUUUGCUCUGGUCAGACUCCUGUUCAAUAAUACUUUGUAAAUAGGGAAGAACAAAGCUCAUCUGUUUGUUGUGUUUUAGUUUUCCUAAUUUAUGUUGCCUCUUACUUGUCUGUUUGCAUUUGACACAUUGUGACAGGAGCGCUGUGGGCACAUUGCACAGCCCCCAGGUUCACUGUGACAAGAGUUGACCUCUUGGGUGAAACAGUGAAGUUUUAUUGUUUUGGAGGAGUGGGGGGCAGUUUAUACAUCCUCCGCACCACUGUAGAAAAGAUUUAGUUUCACACACCUUUGACACUCAAAGGGACUUCAGACAGCAUCCCUCUUGCUGUUCCCGACUGGCGAAACUUUUUUCUUUUUUUAUUUCCCCCAUGUGUCUGUUUUUACAGUCGACUGCAAACGCUGCCUCCCAAUUUUAUGAGUAUCAUGGCCUUAAAUGUGAAUUAUUUGGCCAUUUUUACUGAGUGCGCCAGGGGUUAAUGUACUUUUGACUGACUCUUAAUAAAGAUUUCUACAAAUUCUGA